GUUUGAGUUUGAGUUUGAGUGUGUGUGUGUGUGUGUGUGUGUCGAGCUCUCCCGGAUUCAGAACUCAGAAAGAUUCGGAUCGAUUCUGUAAGUGGAGUUUAAACUGUUAGUAAAUCGGCUGAAUGUGGAUUAAUGUGAGACUGAGCCGAGUGGAGCCGAUCUGUUCCGAAUUGAGCCGAUCUUAGCCGAUUUAAUCCGAUUGUUUCCGAUACGAUCCGAGCUCUAAAUUGGAGAGAUGGGCGUCAAACCUGGCGUUUUACCAGCCUGAGAACUAAACCAGCCCACCGAGGACAUGUGGACCGGGCGAGUCUAGAACCCACACACUUCCUCCUGUGCUGUCCCUCCUGUGCUCGGGAGAGAUGGGUUCCAGUCUGACGUGUGCUGGUGUAGCCUGGGCUCUGAUCUCGCUCCUCGGGGCCGCCGCCUCCUGCGUGGGGUUCUUCAUGCCCUACUGGCUGCUGGGCUCUCAGAUGGGUAUGCCGGUGACGUUCGGGACGUUCCGGCGCUGUUCCUACCCGGCCCGGGACGAGGUUCACGGCGGGACGGUGAUAGUGGAGCAGUGUGGUCGGUACGCCUCGUUCCAGAGCAUCCCGAGUCUGGAGUGGAGGAUCUGUACUGUGGUGACGGGGACGGGGUGUGGACUCCUGCUGCUGGUGGCACUGACGGCGAUCAUGGCCUGCUGCGUGUCGGACGUCGUAUCUCGCACCGUCGGACGGGCGGCCGGAGGGAUGCAGUUUGUUGGAGGUUUGCUAAUAGGUUCGGGUUGUGCUCUGUAUCCUCUCGGAUGGGACAGCGAGGAGGUUAAACAAACCUGCAGCAACACCUCCGACCAGUUCAAGCUCGGUUCGUGUGAACUGGGUUGGGCUUUUUACUGCACGUGUGCUGGAGCGGCGGUGGCCAUGCUGCUGUGUACGUGGAUGUCCUGCUUCGCCGGCAAAAAACACAAACCUUACCUGUACUGACCGUGCACACACACACACACACACACACACACACACACACACACAUGCACAGAGGGACAACAAGGGACCAAACUGAACUGACAAGCUUGAACCUGCUUUGGAAUCAAAGUCUAAUUGAAUCAAGUUUAUUUAAAAGCAUCAAAAACAACCAAGUCUAGAGACGAACUUCAGAUUAUUUUAUAUUUUAUAAAGAAAUAAGGAAGAUGAAGAAGUUUUAUCUUUAUUAGAACUGAUCUGCUCUCCACUAGUUUUGUAUGUUUGCAUUUAUUUGUAUCGUGAUUUUUGUCUCUGACGUGUAAAUGAAUUGUUUGGUACAAACACGGAGUUGCAGUUUAUUAGAUAGUAAUUUGGACCAUGUGAUAAACUGACAACUUUAUACCUGCAUGUUUACUUAUUGUUAUAAUGUAUAUGUAUUAUUAUUAUUCUGUAUUUAAAUAAUAAUGUUAUAGUCUUUAAUAUUUCACAUGCAAUAAAG